UGUAAAAACCCCGCCCACUUCACUUAUGGCAGUAUAUAAAGUGUGUCGCGUGUCACAGAGGCUCAAUAUGAACUAACAUUGAGACGCACAGCAGAGCUUUAACGAUGCUGGCUGUCAUCCGGCUGAUCUUCAUCAUCAUCAUCAUAACGCAUGCAGAGAAGAUCUUCCACAACAGAGAUCAUUCUGAUGUUUACAUGAACGAAAUUCAUCAGACUGAAGCCAUCACUGAUACAAACACUGCUCAGAGAUUUCUAUUCAAGUAUGGAUUCAUAAGAGCAGCAGAGAGUGAUGAACUUCAGAGCUCAAUAGAAGAUGUAAGUGAGACAGAUGACAGCCUCUCGCUAGACCUGGAGGAGGGUGGAGCUGCAUCCCGAUCCAUCAGCGCUGAACUCCCAAACCAGAGGCCAGAGUUCAUCUCAGCGCUACGAGAGUUCCAGAGAGUGUCUGGUCUCCCUGUGACAGGGGUGUUUGAUGAUGCCACCAAAGCUGCCAUGAACGAACCCAGAUGCGGUGUCCCAGACCACAACGAAGAAGACCCAGAGCAGAUCGAGUCCAACAGCAUCUCCACAAACAACCCCACUGAUGUCAAUGAACUCAACAUCUCUACACACAACCACACUGAGGACCAUCAAUUCAACAUCUCCGCACACAACCACAAUGAGGUCCACCCGUUCAACAUCUCCACACACAACCACACUGAGGUCCAUCAGUUCAACAUCUCCACACACAACCACACUGAGGUCCACCCGUUCAACAUCUCCACACACAACCACACUGAGGACCAUCAAUUCAACAUCUCCGCACACAACCACAAUGAGGUCCACCCGUUCAACAUCUCCACACACAACCACACUGAGGUCCAUCAGUUCAACAUCUCCACACACAACCACACUGAGGUCCAUCAGUUCAACAUCUCCACACACAACCACACUGAGGUCCAUCCGUUCAACAUCUCCACACACAACCACACUGAGGUCCAUCCGUUCAACAUCUCCACACACAACCACACUGAGGUCCAUCAGUUCAACAUCUCCACACACAACCACACUGAGGUCCACCCGUUCAACAUCUCCACACACAACCACACUGAGGUCCAUCAGUUCAACAUCUCCACACACAACCACACUGAGGUCCAUCAGUUCAACAUCUCCACACACAACCACACUGAGGUCCAUCCGUUCAACAUCUCCACACACAACCACACUGAGGUCCAUCCGUUCAACAUCUCCACACACAACCACACUGAGGUCCAUCAGUUCAACAUCUCCACACACAACCACACUGAGGUCCACCCGUUCAACAUCUCCACACACAACCACACUGAGGUCCAUCCGUUCAACAUCUCCACACACAACCACACUGAGGUCCAUCAGUUAAACAUCUCCACACACAACCACACUGAGGUCCACCCGUUCAACAUCUCCACACACAACCACACUGAGGUCCAUCCGUUCAACAUCUCCACACACAACCACACUGAGGUCCACCCGUUCAACAUCUCCACACACAACCACACUGAGGUCCACCCGUUCAACAUCUCCACACACAACCACACUGAGGUCCAUCCGUUCAACAUCUCCACACACAACCACACUGAGGUCCAUCAGUUCAACAUCUCCACACACAACCACACUGAGGUCCACCCGUUCAACAUCUCCACACACAACCACACUGAGGUCCAUCCGUUCAACAUCUCCACACACAACCACACUGAGGUCCAUCAGUUCAACACCUCCACACACAACCACACUGCGGUCCAUCAGUUCAACAUCUCCACACACAACCACACUGAGGUCCAUCAGUUCAACAUCUCCACACACAACCACACUGAGAUCCAUGAGCUUAGUGCUGAUGUUGGUAAUAGCAGUGAUGCGUUCAAUGACACUCAUCAUCAGAUGAAAUCUCCAGUGAGAAGAAAACGUCAUCUGGCGGCACUGUUGAUGAAGAGACAAAAGAGAGACGUGAGCAAUUGGGCGGGUCACAUGGCCUUCUCUCAGACUCUUCUGAGAUGGCGUCUGAUUGGAGAAGGUUACAGCAGUCAACUGCCCAUUGAUGAGCAGAAAUAUAUCUUCAGACUUGCCUUUCGUAUGUGGAGUGAAGUUUCUCCUCUGGAGUUUCUGGAGGAUUUACAUUCUCCUCUGGAAGACAUUGACAUCAGGCUCGGCUUUGGAACAGGUAGACAUCUGGGCUGUUCUCAGAGAUUUGAUGGCGCAGGCCAUGAGUUUGCUCACGCGUGGUUUCUGGGAGACAUUCAUUUUGAUGAUGAUGAACACUUCACUGUUCCAAACACAGGCAGUGGGAUCAGUCUGCUGAAGGUGGCAGUUCAUGAGAUUGGACAUGUAUUAGGACUCCCUCACAUCUACCGGACUGGAUCCAUUAUGCAGCCAAGUUAUCUGCCCCAGGACGCGGGCUUUGAGAUUGACUGGAUGGACAGAAAGUCUAUUCAGAGUCUGUACGGGGUGUGUAAGGGUCAAUUUAGCACUGUGUUUGAUUGGAUCAGAAGAGAGCAGACGCCCUACGGUGAGGUCACGAUCCGUUUUAACACCUACUUUAUGCGGGAUGGCUGGUACUGGCUUUAUGAGAACCGCAAUAACAGAACUCGAUAUGGAGAUCCAGUAGCGGUGCAGGCCGGGUGGCACGGUCUCCCUGCCAGUGGAGUGGACGCUUAUGUUCAUGUGUGGAACCGCAAAACAGACGCUGUUUACUUCUUUAAAGGUAUCAGACCUCAGAUCAUGAACGGUUCUCUUCAUCCUCGUCCUCUGGUGGCUCUGUUGGACGGCCGUGACUGUACAGUGGAGAUGCCCAUCCUGAAAGAUCUCGCGACUGUAGCUUUCUGUGAUGCCCAAUCCACACAAGAGAUUCAUGAGAAGGUGUUAAAUGAGGCUAUCGGUGCGCUGAUGUAUCACACGAUUACUCUGACACGAGAAGAUCUGGAGAAGUUUAAAGCCCUCAGGAUUAUUAUUCUCAUUGGCAGCGGAUAUGAUAAUAUAGACAUCAAAGCGGCUGGAGAGCUCGGUAUUGCGGUGUGUAAUAUACCAUCAGCUGCAGUGGAGGAAACGGCAGAUUCAACUCUGUGUCAUAUUCUGAACCUUUACCGGAGGAACACGUGGCUUUAUCAGGCACUGAGGGAGGGCACACGCGUGCACAGCGUCGAGCAGAUUCGCGAGGUGGCGUCAGGAGCCGCACGCAUCCGUGGAGAAACACUUGGACUCAUCGGCUUCGGUCGCUCGGGUCAAGCUGUCGCCGUCAGGGCCAAAGUGUUCGGCUUCAAUGUGAUCUUUUACGAUCCGUACCUGCAGGACGGUCUGGAGAGAUCAUUGGGUGUUCAGCGUGUUUAUACGCUACAGGAUCUGCUGUACCAGAGCGACUGUGUGUCUUUACACUGUAACCUGAAUGAACACAAUCAUCAUCUCAUCAAUGACUUCACCAUCAAACAGAUGCGUCAGGGUGCAUUUCUGGUAAACACAUCACGCGGUGGUCUGGUGGAUGAGAAAGCUCUCGCUCAGGCUCUGAAAGAGGGACGAAUACGUGGAGCUGCUCUUGAUGUGCAUGAGACUGAACCGUUCAGUUUUGCACAAGGGGCUUUAAAAGACACCCCGAAUCUGAUCUGCACUCCGCACACGGCCUGGUACAGUGAACAAGCAUCAUUAGAGAUGAGAGAAGCGGCCGCCACAGAGAUACGCAGAGCCAUUACAGGUCGGAUUCCAGACAGUCUGAGAAAUUGUGUUAAUAAAGAGUUCUUCAUGACCUCAGGACCCUGGAGCAUCAUCGAUCAACAAGGUGUUCAUCAUGAACUUAAUGGCGCUCCAUACAGCCAAGUCAACCAAUCACUGCACGCCAUCACUACAGGCUCCGCCCCCCACGACAAAAUCAAUGCUUGAAUGAGCAGCAGGUCAUCAGUUGUGAUGGGUGUGGCAUCAGGGGGCGUUCCUGCAGGUUCAGGUGCACUGCCAGUUGUCCAAUCGGUGCCCUCGACACAUACAGAGAGCAGAGAUGAUGUGACAGAGCAAUAACAUCAAACACACAGAAACACUGAAGCUCUACAGACAGAUAUCUCUGUACAUAGUUGAUGUUUUUGAUCUUCACAGAAGCUCCGCCCUCAUCAGAGGAACCCUCAUCUAUUGAGCGCUGCUUUAUGGACACACCCACUUUUUUAACGUGUACAACCAAGUUUCUUUUUUCCAGAUUGUUUGACCACCAGCAGGUUCCACUUUAUUCCAGGCCACACCUACUGAUCUAUUCUUUCAAAUGAUUGACACCUCACUGCUCUUCUCUGAUUGGCCUGUGCACCAAGACUUUGGUUUCUCAUGUGUGUGUGUUUGUUUGUUUGUUUAUUAUUAGAGAUUAUUGUUUGUAAAACGGGUACACAGAUUAUUAUUUUUUGGUCCAGCAGAUCAACUUGAUUUUAUAUUCUGUGCGUUUGUGGUUUUGUCAUCUGUUUAUUCUGCUAUACUCUAUGACUCAGGAUAAUUACAUUCAUCACUUUUAUAUCCUCGUUUUGUGUUUUAAAGAAGAGAGAAAUGUUGAAGUAAAAUGAUCUGCACAUUCCUAUUUGAUUGAUGUUAGUGUUUUAUAAAGCAACAUCAUUACCUUCAAGAAGAACUGAAUAUUAAAAAAAAACAUCAUAGGUUUCUAUUGUUAGUUAAUCUUCUCAUUUAACCAGUAGUUCUCAACUGGUCUGUUGAUGUGGACAGCAGACGAAAGAAAAACAAUUCAACUAACCAUGACAAUUAUUUUUAUAAUUUUUGAAAUUGAUGUCAGUGUUUAAACUUCUGUUACAUGGGAGAAGCUAGUCGGUCAAAUUAGACAAAUCCUCAAAAAAAAGUGAGGAUCUAUGAAAACUACACGAGGUGAAAUAAGAAAGCAAAUACAGCAGAUGAACAUUUAUCAUUCUGUGGAUGAAGAUGGUUUGUGUCCACAUUCAAUCUAUUUUGUGCUCUGAAUUACCACAAAUUCAUUUUAAUAGUACACAUCAAGACAUUUUUGUUUCAAUUAUUUAUGAUAACUGUAGUAAUGAAUUGGAUGUGAUAACUGAGUCCUCAUACAAAAACCCUUUGAGAAGCGCUGCUGAGAAACAGUUCUGUCUUUGUUCUUUGGUUUGGUUUGUUGGGAUGUGUUUGUUUAUUUCUUUGUUUGUUAAACAGAAAGAGAUACAGAAGUGUAAAAAAUGUGUUUAUUGUGAUUGUUUCGGUUUCUGGUAGGACUGAAACAUUUACUGUUCAGAGUUCAAAUAAAACAUGCACUUCCAUUUUAAGAA